CCGCGCCGAUCCCGGGAGCGUCCGGGUCGCCGUGCGCGAGCAAGGGAGGGAGCGCGCGUGAGGGAGGGCGCGCUCUUGGGUGCGGGCCGCGCGCUCGGUGGCGCGCAUGUGCGUGUGUGCGGGCUACGGGGCUGCCCCGAGCCGGCCGGGAGCCGGUCCGCUCCAGGUGGCGGGCGGCCGGAGCGAGGGAGCAGACAUGGACUUCGACUCGUACCAGCACUAUUUCUACGACUAUGACUGCGGGGAGGAUUUCUACCGCUCCACGGCGCCCAGCGAGGACAUCUGGAAGAAAUUCGAGCUGGUGCCGUCGCCCCCCACGUCGCCGCCCUGGGGCUUGGUUCCCGGCGCCGGGGACCUGGUCCCUGGAAUUGGUUCCCCGGAGCCGUGGCCCGGAGGGUGCGCUGGGGACGAGGUAGAAUCCCGGGGUCACUCGAAAGCUUGGGGCAGGAAUUACGCCUCCAUCAUCCGCCGUGACUGCAUGUGGAGCGGCUUCUCCGCCCGGGAACGGCUGGAGAGAGCGGUGAGCGACCGGCUCGCCGCUGGCGCGCCCCGGGGGAACCCGCCCAAGACGUCCGCCGCCCCGGACUGCGCUCCCAGCCUCGAAGCCGGCAACCCGGCGCCCGCUGCCCCCUGUGUGCUGGGCGAGCCCAAGACCCAGGCCUGUUCGGGGUCCGAGAGCCCAAGUGACUCGGAGGGUGAAGAAAUAGACGUUGUAACAGUGGACAAGAGACAGUCCCUGGGCGUACGGAAGCCAGUCACUAUCACGGUACGAGCAGACCCUUUGGACCCCUGCAUGAAACACUUCCACAUCUCCAUCCAUCAGCAACAGCACAACUAUGCUGCCCGUUUUCCUCCAGAAAGCUGCUCCCAAGGAGGGGCUUCAGAGAGCGGUCCCCAAGAAGAGGCUCUGGAGAGAGAUGCUCCAGAGGAAAAGGAAGAUGAGGCAGAUGAAGAGAUUGUGAGCCCCCCACCUGUAGAAAGCGAGGCUCCCCAGUCCUUCCACCCCAAACCUGUCAGUUCUGACACCGAGGAUGUGACCAAGAGGAAGAACCACAACUUCCUGGAGCGCAAAAGGCGGAAUGACCUCCGUUCGAGGUUCUUGGCCCUGAGGGACCAGGUACCCACCCUAGCCAGCUGCUCCAAGGCCCCCAAAGUAGUGAUCUUGAGUAAGGCCUUGGAAUACUUGCAAGCCCUGGUGGGAGCGGAGAAGAGGAUGGCUACAGAGAAAAGGCAGCUCCGGUGCCGUCAGCAGCAACUGCAGAAAAGAAUUGCAUACCUCAGUGGCUACUAACUGACCAAAAAGCCUGACUGCUCUGUCUUAUAAAGACUCGAGUUUAUUUUUUAACCUUUCCUCUCCCCUUUAGUAAUUUGCACAUUUUGGUUACGGUGGGACAGUCUGGACAGUAGAUCCCAGAAUGCAUUGCAGCCGGUGCACACACAAUAAAGGCUUGCAUUCUUGGAAACCUUGAAACCCGGCUCUCCCUCUUCCCUGGCUCAUGGGAGCACUGUGUCUUCUCUGGCGCCUUUGCUUCUCAGGCAGUCAGCUGACUGAGGAGCCUUGGGGUCUGCCUAGCUCACUAGCUCCGAAGAAAAGCCUGACAGAUGCUAUGCAACAGGUGGUGAACGUUGUCGGGGGGCUCCAGCCUGCAUGAAAUCUCACACUCUGGAUGAGCUCUAGGCUGGGAAAGGAUGCUCCCGCUGGUGUCUCUGGGGUGAUGCUAGGACAUCUGGGCCUGGACGCUCUCCCUGAGGCUCCUUUUUCCAGGAGACACAUGAGCUGUCUCGGGUGAAGACAAGCUCACAGACUCGAUCAACAUGGACCAUUACCUCACUGUCAGACACUUUACAGUAGCUGAGUUGGAAACCUUUAAUAUAUAUCUUACGAUGUUAGAUGACACCCCUCCUCCCACUCACAAUGCUGCGACCUUGUGAACAUUUAAAGAGCUUGGCCUCUCGAUUUUGUCUCAAAGCCCUCUGGGCCCUUUCCUCUAAAGGAGAGACCAUUCUGUCCUCACAAGGGGCUUUUUUGUUCCCUUCUGCCUUUGUUAUACAAUGGGCCCUACAGCACCUCUUUCCCACAGGUCAGAAAUAUUUCCCCAAAACACAUGGAAAUGGGUCCUAGCCUGCAGCCUGAGGAAGCCUCGGAGUCCUGGCUGUGAACUUGUCCCCUGCCCAGGUGUUUUCCAUCCCGGAAUCUUUUCUCAAGGCUGAUGUCAGGCACCUGGGGAGGGAGACCUGUACCACUUCCUCUUUCCCACCUCAUCUCAGUCCCUGACUGAUAAGGUUGAAGUUCUACCAGAACCGUGCAAACCUGUCCUCAUGCAACUCCAAGGAGCUUGCUGGCUCUGCAGCCACCUUUGGGCCCCCUGCCAGCCUGACAUGAGUCAGAUCCCUUUCCAGAAUCUGGACCUUACUGAAGUUCUUACUGAGAGAGCUGCUGGGACUCACCUAGUGCUCCGGAAGGUGGACUAGCUUUCUGGUGGGUUUUAGACAAGCUUUCGGUAGCUCUGCUCAGCAGACCAUGUUGGAUUUUGCCCCAGCUGGACUCAGCACCUCCAAGUGGAUUCCAGGUGCAGCCUCCAGUCUUGGAAAGGCACCCAACCCAACAGGUGUCAUGUGAGCAACCUCAGGGCAACCUAAGCCUGGCCUGGAAGAAGAACUGGCCCCUUCAGAACUCUGUCCAGGGCAGCAGGUGCCUGCUGGCUGUGGGUUUGAAAGGCGGGGAGGGGAGGAUGGUUGAGCAGUAUUCGUGGCUCUGGAAAGCCAGCUGCUACUUCCAAACCUAUUAUGCACGAUAGUCUGUUUCUGAGGUUGCUUCCUGGCCUCAGAGAACUCCAGUGAAGUUUGGGAAAAGUUGUUCUACCUUCUGCAGCAUGGUUUUCAGGAGCCAAAUGACUUCUGGAACUGUCUUUAGAAAAUAAGGUGGAUGACGGUUACUGAUGUCUCACCUGAAUAGCUUGUGUUUUAUAAGCUGCUGUUGGGUAUUAUGCUGGGAGCAGUCUUUUUUCUUUUUAAUACUGUAUUUUUGUAUGCCUUUUGCAAAGUGGUGUUGUUUUUGUACGAGAAAAAAAACUCUUGGGCAAGUCUCCUGUUGCAAGAGUCUGAUUUAUUUUGAAAGGCAAGUUUACCUGAAAUUUUGUAUUUCAUUGUGAUUAUCGAUUGCCUGAUUUUAAAAUGUUGCCUUCUGGGACAUCUUCUAAUAAAAGAUUUCUCAAAUA